GCGGCUGAGCUCCUCGACUUGCGUGCGGAGAAGCGAGCGCUCGGUCAUGAACCGAUCGCGGUGGCGCUUCUGCUUCAUGCGAUUGCGCAUCCGUUGGUGCUCGGAGCGGCGUGCGCCGUCCUUGUUAUCGUCGAGCACACCCAUGGCAUUGUGUUGCCAAUGGACGCAUAA